AUGGUCCGUUUUUAAAGCUUCCAAUGCUUUUUAGCGUUUCUUUUUUAUAGGGCGCUCUCCAAUCUGCGGCGCCACCGCAAGCGUCUAAGGUUUUAACUGGCCUUUUUUACAAAAAAACGCUAUUCCAAAAUCUUAUGGUCUCAAGUAGAAUGGCUUUCUGAUUGACUAAAGCUCACCCGACCUAAAACGACUUACGCGCCGAAACAUUUGGAGUGAUUGAAUAGCCAUUCUGCAUGCGACCAUUAUUCAAGGGAUCACUUGAGGGUCCCAAGAAACUUAAACUAGUCAGAGAAAGCUGUUUCAAAUCUGCAUGCCACUUCACGUUACCGUUAGGGGUUUGAAGUUUAUCAGUUUACUCAAAAAAUGAAAAGCCACUCAAGGGAUUACUUCAUUUCUUUUUCCGACCGUCAAUAUUGAAUUCAGCUGCAUGAUUAUCAAUGAGAAAAUGUUGUGGUAGAGUUUUUAAAGGCGCAUGGAUUGUUUUAAACGAGGCACACGGCCCGUUUAGCGUAUUAUUUUGGUCACUUCACAUCUGACAGAGCAAGGAUUUUCGGAGAUGCAUGCCCUAACAAGGGAGGUCAUUUUAGUUUGUGGAAUUUCUUGAAAGUUGGUCCGAUUGUUGUUUGAUAAGCAAGAAGAUUUAGAGAGUCUCAAUCCCGCAGAAAUCCUUAUUUUCUCAGUAGUAAAUGAUUCAGAACGGCCCUAUUGCUGUUUCUGAUGGCUUUCCUUGAUAUUGGAUGGGUUUUCUCGAAAAAAAGAACUUUGGCAGGUUAAGGCUUUUAGAGUAUCCAUUUAGUAAAGGUGUUUCGGGCCAGAUUUCAAGCAUGGUUUUCCAAACAACACACUUCAAGAAGUCUCCAACCAGAAGUAAAAUGGCCUUCCUUACGAGAACAUCUUUCUCUUCAACUUGAAGUAUUUUCAGGCCAGUCUCGAAGAGAAACUCCAAGAGCAAAGAAGUCUCGAACAAGAACUGUACGACUUGAGAUGCGACCAAGAAAUCAGAAGUCGAAAGAGAGGAGUCGGAUCAACAACAGCAGAUGGCGACCAUCGCGGCCGAGGGCGAACGAAAACUUCGGGCAGCCAAGAAGGUUCACGAUGAAAGAAUGGCUGCCCUUAAAAGCUCGUACUUGACUGGCCAAGAAAAAUCGAGGAGAAGUAUGACGGACUCCGUCAAGGAGGCCUUGGAACGUCAGGAGAGAAUCAGGAAGCAACUCGAAGAAGCGAAGAGUAAAUUGGCCGGCUUGGAAGAAGAAGCCGAAAAGUUGGAGUCUGAAGAGCGGAACGCGGUCGAGGCGAGCGAGAGGGAUGUGAACGCCAAGAAAGAAGCGAUCCAAGAGAAGUAUCAAGAAAGCGAUGGAGGUUCUGGAAGAGCGGGAGCAGAGAGCCACAGACGAGACUAGCCACGAUCAUCAGAGAUACCUGGAGGAUUAUCAAGGAAGGCAGGCUCAGCAUAUCUUCGCCGAUAACGUUAACAGUAUCAACACCAUCUCCGACAGCCUCUGUGACCAGCUGGGAAGAUUGAAUAGAGAGGUUUUUUUCACGCAAAAAUGAAUAAACAAUCUAUUAGAAAGAAGCAUUUGCAACUUUGAAAAAUCAUAUCUCAAGCAGGUAUCUAGAUAAUCACGUGGAAGGUCAUUUUUGCGUAGGGUUUGGAAUAAUCUAUAAAUUUGCUCAAAGGAUCUUUGAUGGACUGAGAAUCGAUCCCGCAUAGUCGCUAUCUGCGCAAACUUUGCGUUUGGGAGAUAUGAAUUUUCAAAGUUUUCCUCUUUAAACACGUGAUACUGUUCGGAAGGAAUAUAUCCGCAGCACAAGUCUUUGCAUGGCGCGUGGUGCAGUGGCUAGCGCGGUAGCCUGCGAAGCCUAUGAUGAAGGUUCGAAUCUUUUUGCGGCUAUCGAUUUUUGCCGGAUCAUGAUGAACAUGUCGAAAUUUCAUGAAUAAAAACGUUCCAAAACCGUUCAAUGGCCAUUCUCUUCCAAAAAUUACUUUAUUAUUCCUUCCGAACAGUAUCACGUGUUUAAGGAUGAAAACUUUAAAAAAUCAUAUCUCCAAAACGAAAGGUUUGCGCAGAUAGCUACUAUGCGGGAUCGAUUACCAGUCCAUCAAAGAUCCUUUGAGCAAAUUUAUAGAAAAUUCCAAACCCUACGCAGAAAUGGCUUUUUGCUCAUUGUAAGCCUAACUGAAGUAAAAUGAAGUUUUCAAACAAUCUCACUUUCUUGGUUUCAAUAUAUCAGCCCUUCAAGUUUUAUCGAUUCCUUUUUUCCAGAUUGCCGCCUAUAAUUCAAAGAUCCCCAGAACGCCUAGCGAUUAUGUGGAUGUCGUUCCAAAUACCAAUUCAGAAGAGGCAAGUUUUUCUUAUCAUUAGCUGGAAAGCAAUAGAAAACAUGCUUGAAACUGAAAGAAACCAACAAAUUCAGAGAGGAGGAAUCCUUCAGUCUCUACUUGAGACGGCGACGAGAUCCGUUAUAAAUGUCCGGAAUGAAGUAACCAAAUUCUCUAGUGAGUGCCGUACGAACACUAGAGUUGAUCCUAAAAGACGAGAAAACUUGAAUGUGAGUUUAUCUUCUUCGAAAUAAAUUCCGAAGCCAAUUUCGAUUUCAGGAAACUCUGAGCACGCUGAGAACCUCAUUGAACCAAUUGAAUCGCGCAAUCAACGACGUUCAAUGUUCAGUGGAGGUGGGUCUUUGUCAAUUUUUUUCUUCGAAAGAAAGUUGUGAAGAUGGAUUGAUAAAGAUAUUUGAGAAAAAAAAGCUGUCGAAAGUUCGCAAAAAGUUCCCAAAAAAAAACAGUAGCUUUGUUCUUCCAAAAAAGAGCGAGCUAGACAGCCACAGUGCCAACUCGUUCCGAGCUUCUUAAGGUCGUUUUCUAAGAGAAAAUCACAAAGUUCAGGGUAAAAAAGAGGCGAGCUACGAGGAGAUCCAGAAAUCUCUGGCAACCUAUGAAAACGAACUGAGUCGUUUGAGAUUCAUUUGCGAAGAAACUGAAGAUCCGGUCAGCAGGAAAAGCUCUUUCCGCGACGAAAUAAUGAGCGAGUGAGUUAAUAAAAUGCAAUAUUUUCAACUGAAACUUGUUUUCAGAUGA